CUGAUAUGAUGCUGUAACGCAUGUACUAGUAGCGGAAGGAAUUAAAAUUUUUAAUGGCAUUACGCAGCAUCGGGAAUAUACAGAGAACAGGAAUAAUGCUUCAUUGACAACCUGGCGUAUUUAAAGGUUAUAUUGACUAGGUAGUUCUUGAGUGUGAUGCACUUUAAAGUCUUGUGACGCAGAUCAUAUCCUAAACAGCCCGAGUUCAUCGCAAAGAAGCUUUGAGCUUAAAAUUGUACGCCUGGCGAGCAGGUUUCAAGGAACUAUACGCAGGGAGGACAAAUACGUAUACGAGUUUCAACUUAUGGACUGCACAAAGUGCAUGGUGAUGUUGUCGUGAUAGUACUUGUGUACAAGACUUAUCUGAAAAAUCAAGCAUUUGGCUCAAGUCGCAGUUUCUUGGACGUUUCAUUUCCUGCCGCGAUUUAUAUGAAUUUAACAUGAAGAACUGAUCGUGGCUGCUUACCCCUAUGGCCUUUGAAGUACUGUUCGUGUUUUUGGCCAUGCUAAUGGUUACUGAAACAGAACGAGCGAGGCAUCUACCUACAAGACGUCGAUUGUGUCUUUGCGCAGAUCGCGUGCUUCCACUACGCUCAUUCUCAGAUGGCAAGGAAUCUUCUUUCGUCUCAUGUAAAGAGUGGUGCAGCACUAAAGAUUUUGAAGGAAAGAUGUCAAGUCAUCGGCGCAUACGUCGAAAUGAUGUAGAAGAGUUCACAGAGUGUCCCCCCGGACUGGACCAUAUCGAUAAGAAAUGGCACAUCAAGAGAGAAAACAUAAGAGUACAUUUCCAUGAUAUUAAAGGCAGCUCCAGAUGGCUUGUGCAAGUUUCCUGGAGUCCAUUCAUAGGUAGUACCAAAGGCUGGGAUAAAUAUUACAUGAGGUACUUUACUGGCGAAGGUCGUUCACCCUAUCAAAAUUUCUCCUGCCUGAUACUUCCCAAGAACCGAACAAGUGUGAACAUCACGUCCUCACACAAGGAAAGGAAAAUCAAUCUAAUUGUGAUUGCUCUUCCAAACAUACGGAGUGGGACAGAGCCAUAUCUGGUUUUAGAGCUUUUUACGCCGACUAAACAAUAUGGACCUCCCGUGUACACUCCUGGUGCCGUCCUCAUAACAUCAAAACCAACAUCAGAGCGUAAGAAUACGGCCUUACUUUAUGGAUCAAUCGCCGUUGGAAGCCUUGUUGGAAUAGUUUUUGGUGCUUGCUUGCUGAUGUAUUUUCAUCGUCGUAAACCAAGUAUCACUUUACCAUCAGAUUUCAAAUACCACGUUUUCAUAAUUUACAACAAAGAAGAUGAAGGCUGGGUAAAAAGAAAACUUCUAAAAUUCUUGGAAGAAGAGCACGGUUUGAGAGUAUGCAUCCACUACAAGGACUUUACUCCUGGAAUUCCUUUUACAGAGAGUAUGGCAGAAAGCGUUUCCUGCAGCCACAAGAUCAUUGCUGUUUAUUCGAGCAAUUUUUUGCAGAGUAAAUAUUGUAAUUACGAGCUUGAACUUGCCAGGUAUCGCCUCUUAGACAAGCGGGAUAACUGCCUGAUUGUCAUAAGGAUCGACAAAUCAAAAUUCGACGACCUCCCUCGAGAGCUUCGCGGAAGAAGCUGUAUCGACUAUGCUGAUCUGACGGAGAGACAGUUCUGGAAAAGGAAACUGCUCAAGUUUUUGGAUGUCCCUAAGGAGCCAAGUCACGUAGAGGUGGAAGUGGAGACGGACCCUUAUAGUAAUGUCUUUGCUCCCGAAGUUACCACAGAGGGAAGUGAUGGACAGAUGAGGAGUAGGUAUUCCAGAUUGGACAGUUCGAUAAGUACUACCACAGAGUUAUCCAUUGUUACUCUAAACGAGGAUAAUCCGGUCUAACUUUUAUUUACAUUUCAUCGUAUUUAGUAUGUGACAUGGGUUCUUGAAUAUGCUAAGCAGUGAUCGUUUACCUAAUACUGUAACUUCCAGGAAUGAUCAACAUGAAACUUCUCUCCACUAUUCAGAAUAUUUCUCAGCAAACAGUCAAAGAGGAUAAACAAGUGUAUCGGCUGGAGGCUGGUAUCAUAAUGCAACAACAUCUGUCAAUAAAUGUCGUAGAAAUGUAUUGCAACAACAGAAGAUGAAGCAUAACUUUAUCAUCUCUUGACAGUAACUAGAGCGGAGAAUAACGAAUCAGAUCCUGUAAAUUAAAGUACUUUACUGUUACGGGGACGCCACUCCUUGCCCUGCAGCCUGUAGGCUGUUGAUUUAUAUAGGACAAGAAAAAAUAUUAUUCAGCCAUUUUAUGUUACUAAAGAGCAAUUUUUUUCAAAGCGGAGAGCUUUUGACUUCUAUCUUAGCAUUACAGCAUCUAUAAGCGUAUCCAAAUGAUGCUGUGAUCUUAUUGUAAAUAUUUGGGAGGAUUACCCUUUUGGCGAAAAGUGACGUCUGUUAUAGUUAGUGUGCAAUUUAUGACAUUAGAGUUAGCAUCCCCGUGCGAAAAUAUAUUCCACCUUAACCCCCCCUCCUUUAGUCCACCUGUGCUUAUUCACUAAAAGAUUAAGCAACUUUACCAUCUCUAGAAACAUACUUAAGGAAACCUCCUUGUGGCAGAGUAAAAGUCAGUUUGAAUUGUAAUUAUCAUCACACACAUGAGUCCAAGGCCUACGGGACUUAACCAAGUUUUGUCUCGAAACAGUUGAAGGAGGAUAAAAUGAAAGAAAACAAACUGAGAAACUGAUGGCUUUUCUUGGUGGUUUUUCGUGAAGCCUUUGGACUCAUUCGUAUUUGUAUUAUUGCGUGAAGUCUUAAAUAAGAAACGAAGUUAGAGUAGCUGCUCUUGGCGAUGUGAAAAGGUCAGCUUUAGUCUCGUUUUCAAAUGAAGGCUUGACUAUAUGUUGCUCAGAGAAAAUAAGAUGUGUUAGAGAGAGGGAGGUAGGGUCCUGAUUUGUUGUUUUCACGAAAGUUACGUUUAGACAGUCUCGUGAGCGAAAAUAUGUUUUUGUAGAGGUGUGCAUGAAGACUGACUGACAUUAAUCGGAUAUUUUAUCCGAGUAAACAAACUAUCAGUUCUAUCGAUCCAGACUCACUGUAGGAGAACGGGGAUUUGUAUUAUUUCGUUUUCUUUUUCUUUUUUCUCCUAUGUGAUAAGUAACGCUCAAGACCUCUGAAUUUCAGUUCAGCUUCCCCCUCUCUCAUUCAAUCUUAACGGUCAUUUAGGCUGCUUGCUUAGGAGCUGUCACUACUUGUGCAUUGGUACAAGUAAUUGUAUAUUUGCACAUAUUUACUCCUCAAGGGAUAUUUGUCGUUUAAAAGUAUAUUUAGUAAAAACCAAGCAAAACUUGAAACAUAAUAAAGCUUC